GGAGAGAGCACCAGGUGGGCUCACACUUACGUAUACGCAGUAAGAUGCCAAUUAAAAUCAAGCAUUUAAAAAUGCUAAUUCAUGCAAUCGUAAGGUUGGGAGGGACCCCCAAGGGUCAUCCAGCCCAGCCCGCUGCAAUGCAGGAAUCACAGCUGACGACUCCUCAACUAUUCCUCCUCCUGGUGGUGCAGCAAUAAAACGGCUAAGCAGGGUCUGGUUGGGUUUCAAAUUGGAUGAGAGACCGGCACAUUGCUGGGGGUUAGACUAGAUGCCCCAUGGGAUCUCUUCCAGCUCUAUAGUUCUAUCCCCCACCCUCCCAGCCUCUGCUUGAAAACCUCUGACAAAGGAGAGUCCGCCACCUUCCUCUUUUUAAAGACUGCUUAGCCUUUACCACUGAAAUGAGUGCAAUGGUAAUACUUUGAACUCCUCUGAGAAGAGGUGUAAUUUCAUCUCCAGGAGAAAGAUGCUCUAUUGUUUGGGCUGGGAUGUUGAGAGGCAGCUUCCGAAAUGAACUUUUGGUGAAAGAGAGAGAGAGAGAUUAGACAAAUUCAUGGGGGUGGUUUGGUCCAUCAGCCGGGAACCAAGAUCCUGAGUUGAAUGAUAUGGAGCCUCCAUAUUCAGAUAGUGUCUACCUCUAAAUAUGAUGUACUGGGGACGGAGGACAAAAGUAGCAGAUGUGUGUUUUGCCUCUGUGCUCUGCUUGGGAGCUUCCAGAAGCACCUUGGCUGUCCUCUGUUGGAAGCAGGAUCCUGAGCUACAGACAGGCGUUCUUUCCUGAUGCAGCUGCGCAGUUCAUAGGAGAGGUUAAGAUUCGGCAUUUACUGGGGAAGGGUGACUUCAUUUUGCUCUGGAGCCAGUUUCAGGCGCCGGGUUGCUAAGCCCCCUUUUCCUCAUUCCUCAGAUGACUAAGUGUUGCCAGCCCAACUCAGAUCGCUUGGGAUGAGCGGGCCAGAACAGCAAGCCCCAGGACGCCUUGUUCUGCAAACUAAGGGCCAAGGUGUUGCCUCGCCGCAGGGCAAAGAAAGGACUGCUGCUGCAGCUGCUGCUGCUGCUGCUGCAAAGAGUUAACCUGUGGAACUCACUGCCACAGGAGGCCGGGGUGGGUGGCCACCGACCUCGAUGGCUUUCAAAGAGGACUGGGCAUAUUCAGUGGCUACUAGCCAUGGCCGGAUGGCAUGCUUCCCGUUGGCAUCUUCUUGGGUUCUUAUGGAACCUCCAGCUCCAGAGGCAGUCUAUCUAGAUUCCUAGGGGUAUUUGGCCACUGUGAGAACAGGAGGCUUGGCUACCAGUAGAUGGGCCAGUGGCCUGAUCCUGCAGGCUCUUCUUACACUCGUGCAGGGGGAGCUGAGCUGCCUCAACCAUGAGUCUCUGGGGCCCCCAGCACCGGAAUCCUCUUGGGGGUCGCAGGUUCCGGGCGCCCGCUGCAUUGUGACACAGCACUGAGUUCCGCCUGGCACGUCUCCCGGGGAUUGUAAGGGCGGGUGGGAGAGAGAGAAAGACCUGCACCCGGGCCAGGCGCGGCGGGGGGGGGGGCCCACAUCGGACACCAUGGGCCGCUUCGGAAGGUUGUUUCGGCUCGCCCCUCGGAUUGGGCCCUCUGCUCUGCUGGCCUCCCGGGUGUAGGGGAGGGGGGCUGGAGUUGCAAGCAAGGGCCGUAUUCUGCCCUGUGGAAAUGCUGCCAUGCUCUUUCCCCCGCUAAACAUGCAACCCCGACAUGGAUUGCAACCUCUUCUCCCCCCCCCCAAUCCAAGAAGCCUCUCCCCACCCCCUGCCAUGACCAGCUGUCCCUUUACUCUCUCCUCCACCUUCUCAUCCAAGGUCAGCCUUGGAUGCAGCUCUGUUUUGGGGAGGGAACUUCGCCCCCCCCAACCAAAGAGUCCUAGGUCUUGCUGGCCCUCCCCCCUUUUCCCAAAUUGUCCCGAGCUGGAAGAGACCGGAAAAGCGCCUUUCAGGAUGUGACUCAGCCGUCUCAAAUACAAGGCUGCCCAGGGGAGAAGGCAGCAGAGGAGGAGGAGGAAGAGGACUUAGGGGGUGGGGGGUGGGGACAUGCCUCUGGCACACAUCCCCCCCCAUCACCUCCUUACUGAUGCUCUCCAGGGGCGAGCACAGCCAGGACCCAGGCGCAUCCUACCCUCAAGGCCUGGCUUUUGCCCGCUCCCAGCACUUGGGGGGUGGGGAAAACACCCCUGGUCGCCUUGCUUCCCCCUCCGUUUCGCCAUAGGGCGACCUGAGUGUUUUUUGCUCUCUGGCAGAUCUCCGGCUCCUGACCCACCGCCUAAGCCCAAAGAGAAGCAAGGCGCAAAGCUCAGGUGGGGAUGGAUUGGGCCUGCGUGGGGGAGGUGUAGCCCCCCCAACUUCCUUAUCCUGGGGUGCCCACCCUUAUCUCACAAAAACCUACAGAGGCCUUUGAGAUUAGUAGCCAAGAUCCUUGUGUUUCCAGGGAUGGACGCAAUCUCUCUCUCCCCCCCCCAAAAGAAAUCCUAGAAGUUUUGGACCGGCCCCUGGCUGGAACCUGAAAAUUGCCCCCCCCCCGACUCUCAGGGAUGGUUUUAAACACCGCCCCGCCCCCGCUCCUUUCCAGACUGAUCCCUGGAGUCUGGGUGCCUUCUGGCUUCCGUUGGGAGACCUUGGCCUCGGAAGGUGGCAAUCUCCCCUCCACUGGAGGUUUUCCAGCAGGGGUUGGGCUAGAUGACCCUCGGGGUUCCCUCCCCUCUCCACGAUUCUGUGACCUUUGACUUUCUCCAUUUCCAGCAAGGUUCCCGACCCCCCCAAGGCCAAAGAUGAACACCAUUCGACGCAACUCAAGUGUGGAUGAGUAUUUGGGCCGGAUGCGGGGCAGGGAGUUAGCAAUGGCUUCCUGGCAGGGAGGAGAGUGGGGCUCCUGCCCUUUGCAAGAUGCAUUUCUGGAGAUCGGGGUGGGGUGGGGCGAAGCUAUUUAAUUUUUCUCCUGGACCUGCAAUUUUGGGCCUGGGAACGUCCUCCUUGCACCGUCCCCAAAGGCUUGGUUGAGAGGAGGAUGAGGACCACCCUCACCCCCCGGGGUCUCCCUGGACUUCUAGUCCCUCCAGAGACCAGGAAUGUGCUUCCCUUUGGCAGGAUCACGCUGGGGAAGAAGCCUCCCACCCCGGAACCCACUAAAAAAGUCGAGGUGAAGCAGAUAGAGAAACCCAGUGAGUCCGUUGUCUGCACCACCCGAGCCACUGUGAUGCUAUAUGAUGAUGCCAACAAGAAAUGGGUGCCCGCAGGGAGCGGGCCCCAGGCCUUCAGCCGCAUCCAGAUCUACCACAGCCCCGUCAACAACACGUUCAGGGUCGUGGGGAGAAAGAUGCAGCCGGACCAACAGGUGGUCAUCAACAGCCCAAUUGUGAAAGGGCUAAAAUACAACCAGGCUACGCCCAACUUUCACCAGUGGCGAGAUGCCCGCCAGGUCUGGGGGCUCAACUUUGGCACCAAAGAGGACGCUAGCCAGUUUGCUGGUGGGAUGAUGGCUGCCCUGGAGGCUCUGGAUUCAGGGAAUGCUGCAGCUCCACGGCCCAUCCAGAACGGCCCCACGGCGGAAGAAAUGGCGGAGCAGCAGAAAAGGCAGCAGCAGCAGCUGGAGAGGGAGCAGCAGGAGCAGGCAGAGCGAGAGAGGCGGGUGACAAUCUCAGUGCCUGCAGGGACCCCUUCGGGACCCCCGCCCCCACCAGGACCACCGCCCGCCCCGCCAUGCCCGCCCCCGGGCCUGCCCCCGGGCCCACCGCCAGGAGCACCAGCGGGGCCACCCCCACCUCCGGGGCCUCCGCCGCCGCCUGGCCCUCCGCCCGGCCCCCCCGGCCCUCCACCUCCGGGAGGGGGGCCACCCCCUGCGCCGCCCCUCCCGCCUCCCCAGGGCCCGGCAGGAGGGGGCGGCCCGCCCUCCGGAUUGGCUGCUGCCCUCGCAGGGGCAAAGCUGAAGAAAGUGGGCAAGGAGGAGGUGCCAAAGGCCACGCCUGGCGCAGCGCCCCCACCGAGUGGAGGCGGAGGCGGGGGGCUCAUGGAGGAAAUGAGCGCCAUGUUAGCGCGACGGAGGAAAGUUGCAGAUCAGGGUGAGAAACCCAUUCCAAAGAAAGAUGAAGGUCCCCAAAACGACACGGAAGCUGGUGGCAAGACCACAGAUGCCUUCCGCAGGCCUUGGGAGAAGACCAGUACGACGCUACCCAGGAUGAAAUCUGCCGGAGCAAUCACCGGUUCGGAACCUGUUGGUGGUGGCGGAGGAGGAGAUGAGUCGGAGCUGGAACGGGUGAAACAGGAACUCUUGCAGGAGGUCCGGCGGGAAUUGCAGAAAAUGAAAGAGGAGAUCAUACAGGCAUUUGUGACAGAGCUACGGAAGCGGGGGUCUCCUUAGUGCACCCCCCACAACAAAGAAAGAAAGAAAGAAAGAAAGAAAGAAAGAAAGAAAGAAAGAAAGAAAGAAAGAAAGAAAGAAAGAAACCCCAGCUUGCCGGUGCCACCUGGAGUCAGCAAUUCAGUCCUCCGAAACGUGCAGAAAAGAAUAAAAGCGGAAGAAGAUAAAAGAACGAACUUGAUCACCCCUUUUCUCCCCACGCCCCCCCUAAAUGCACCAGAUGAGCUCCUCCACACAACACACACACACACACCCUUUCCCGUCGGCUCCCAGGCCCAUGGCCCCGCGCUGUGCAAUUUCCAGGGGGGGGGGGGAAGGAGAGAGGGACAAUCUGUGGCAGCCCCCCACCCCAGGAAGGGCAGGACCCCCACCUGUGCCUUACCCAGAGCAAUAGCAGCACCCCUCCUUCGUCCUCUGCUUCCUCCCCACCCCCCACAACGAGGGGCUUGUUCCCGCUGGAGGUGUGCAGGGGGGGGCGUUUCCCUGGCGGAACUGGCUCCUCCCCCCCCCUCCCGGCAACCACUUAACACUGUGCCAUUCCCAGAGAGGGCUAGACUCUCCAUCAUCCGCAAAUCAUCCUUUUUCACGCUUGGACCAAGACGUCUGUGUCUGUUUUCCCUUUCUCUCCCCUGACCCCCCCCAAAACCAUGGUGUGGAAAGGGGGGUUCAGGCAGCCUGGCCAGGCAGUGGCACGAGAAACACCUGCUUUUCCUGGGCUUCAGGAAUUCCCAUCUGCUUAACCAAACUGGAGAAGUUUCCUUUCCUUUGAAGGUAGCGGUCGGCAACCGAGUUGCCCCAAAGGCCCUGCCUUUCCUGAGCUUCCUUCCUCACCUAACCAGCAACAUUUCCCUUUUGCAUAUCUAUGCACCCUUCCUUCUUCAAGACACAAUGCCAGGGGUUGGGUUUGUGAUAAGGGGACCAAGGAACAAAACAAAGGUGGCUUGAACCUUCUCUGUUUUGGAGGUGGGGGCAGUCAAUAUAUUUUUUCCAGCAGAAGGCUGGCGAACAGCAGCGUUCCCGCUGCUAGUAAUCUGACCCGGGCCAAAUUCCGGCCACCUAGUUGCCAACUGCAACCUUUUAAUUUUUUUAAAAGGCACCCUUACUUGCAAUGCACCCCCCCUCUCACUAGUCAUGCAUGCCCACCCCUGGAAGAUGGACCACUUUGUGAAAAGGACCGCUUUCCCCCCUCCCCAAAUAAUAAUAAUAACAACAAUAACCACCCCACUUCUUAGUACCUUUUCUCAUUUCACACACACUCUCUUGCUGGGCUCAUUCUGAAAAAAAAAUUACUUUACUCAACCCCACCCACUCACCCAUCUCUGCUCUUCACCUCUCUGGGUAAUGAUUUGUUUUUAUUUUUAAUAAUAAUAAAAAAAGAGGAUUCCCUCCCCUCUGCCUCCUAUCAGGGAGCGUCGAGGGGGAAGCAAGGCAGGGUUCUUGGCUUUUCUACUGAGCUGUAA